GUUUCUUCUAUUUAUUCUGCUAAGUUACAUUCUUUUCAUGACCUAAUAAUUUAAUGUCAUAUUGUAGGAAAAAAUUUUGUUGAUCAUUUAUUGAUGAUUGAACAGCGGAUCAUGUAUUUAUCUACACAAACGAAUUCGGAUACAUAGAAAGACGAGACAUUUUUCAACUUUCAACACCUGUUUUCGUUUGGAGAUGAGAGAAGUUCAAACUGAGGUACGUAUAAGAUUUUCGUUUCAGAUUAAAAAGCGGAUUUGUAUUUCACCGCUUUGACAAGUACAAUAUAUACCUUGUUACACUUGUCAUUGCUAAGAACACAGGUAAUGUUGAAAUACCAAGGAAAUAAUACUAAUUCUUAGUGUCUUUACUAAGGCGAUCAGCGUAAACUUUAUUUGUUACAUCUAAAAGUUCAGUUCAAGUUGCUACAAGUUCGUUUACAAAACCUAAAGUCAUAUUCCUUGUUAUGUAACCAUAGGAAGAAUUAGAACAGGCUAUCAAAGAAAGUGAAACAAGACUGAUGAUACUGGAUUUUUUUGCGGAUUGGUGUGGACCUUGCAAAAGAGUUGCUCCAGAACUAGACAAAAUUUGUGAAGAAUGGGAAGAUGUAUUAUUCGUAAAAUUAAAUGUAGAUGAGUUGGAGUCUGCAGCCGAAACGUAUGCUAUAGCUGCAAUGCCUACAUUUAUUGCAUUUAAAGGUGGCGAAAAAGUGGACGAAGUUGUUGGUGCGAAUUUAGACAAGCUGAGAGAGAUGAUUGAAAAGUAUAAGUAAAUAAACCACAGAGGCUAAUGAAAAAAUCAUUUCACUGAACAUCUUUCUGUAUCACGAUUAGUCAUAUAUUGCACUUAGUUACUAUUAUAUAUAAAAGAUAUUUAUGAAUUGAGUGACAUUUAACCUUUCUUUAAUUAAAAUUGAUGAUAUAUGUCUGUUAACGCAUAUAUAAGAAGCGAUAAUUCAGUUUUCAUUAAAUAUAUUCAUUAAACAAAUAUUAUAUUUCACUGCAGCUGA